AUGUCAACCACAACGAGUACCUCAUCUGGACCUUUCUCAGCUGAAUCCUAUUUCGCCACUCAACCACCUCCGCCCACUCUAGAACAUGACAUUGACGGUGUUCGAGCAUUCCUGUCUCGGCAAGCAGGAAAGGGUCGGAAAGUCGUUUUGGUGACUAGCGGAGGAACGACAGUACCGUUGGAGUUGAAUGUAGUUCGAUUUCUGGAUAACUUCAGUGCUGGAACUAGGGGCGCGACAUCUGCGGAAUAUUUCCUUCAAGCCGGCUAUGCGGUCAUUUUCAUGCACCGUCAGUUCAGUUUACAACCCUUCAGCAGGCAUUACUCCCACUCUACGAAUCCGUUUCUCGAUUUUCUCGAAAUCAUUGGGAAUGAUCCGACCAUUGGCGUAACACCUUCAAAGAAGGCGCAUUUGCUUGAAAUUCUCUCCGCGUACAAGUCUGUUCAGAAUGAAGGGAUUCUUCAUACACUGACUUUCGUCACUGUAAAUGACUAUCUUUGGUUGUUAAGGGCUGUGAGUCAGGAGCUCUCGACAAUGAAGCGCAAGGCCCUGUACUAUCUCGCUGCAGCGGUCAGUGACUUCUUUUUGCCGAGACGGAAGAUGUUUGAGCACAAAAUCCAAUCCGGCAAGGGAAACCUAUCAAUUGAGAUGGAUCAAGUACCCAAGAUACUGAAGCCGAUGGUGGAAGAAUGGUCAAGGGAUGGAUAUAUCGUUUCUUUCAAGCUCGAAACCGACCAAACACUGCUCAUCCCGAAAGCGCGGGCUGCGCUGGAACGAUAUGGUCAUCAGGUCGUAAUCGGGAAUGACUUGAAUAGAAGAAAGUUCGAAGUCGUCUUCAUCUCGAGAAAGUUACCGGCUACUCCAAAUGCUGAAGGUGACAGAAAAGCAGCGGGAGGCGAACCAGAUUCUGGACAAGCCUCAUCCACUAGCGUGGCAACCUGGCUCAGACUCGAUCCACAGGCUGUUGAACAGGGGAAAGAAAUCGAAGAGGACAUCGUGGCAGAGCUUGUGAAGAGGCAUCAAAGAUGGAUAGAAGAGGAAAGUGAGAUUUAA